GAUCUGUUAGUGCGCAUUUUGUGCUUCAUGUGUCUGUUAUUCGGAUCGUAUUAUUGUUUCUUCGAGUCUGAUCAACGCGUUAUUCUUAAUCAUAACUUCAUCCCCUUUUCUUCAUAUAUCUUCUUAUCUUUCGCAUAAACGCGAUCUUCUUCGUUCGAAGCUCGUUCGCGGAAGCUUACGUCAACGCGUUCUCUAACUUUCGAAUUUAAAAAUAAAAAUAAAACAGAAACAAAAUAAGGGAGGUAGAAAUCAAUCGCGUGUGGGACAUCACCUGUACACUUCGAAUUCUUUUUCUUCUUCUUCUUCUUCUUCUUUGAGAUUAAAAAGCCGACCAGAGUAUCGCAAGAUGCCUCUAUCAGAGUUUCGCAAGAAGAAGCUGCUCUACGUUUUCAACGCCUUCUUCGAUGUUAAUCAGAGCGGUGCUAUCGAUAAGAAAGAUUUUGAUCUAGCUGUCCAGCGGAUCUGCAACUCCAGACAUUGGAGUACCGAUAAUCCGAAAACACAGCAGACGAAGGAUACGUUGUUAAAAAUAUGGGAAGAGCUACAACAACGAGCUGAUUCUGAUCAGGAUGGACAAAUCAGUCGAGAUGAAUGGUAUUCCAUGUGGGAAGAUUACGCUAAGGAUCCAGCGCACGCGCAUGAUUGGCAACAAACGUACAUGAAAUUCAUGUUUGACCUCGAAGAUUCCUCCGGUGACGGAUCAAUCGAUGAGAACGAGUUUAGUAACGUUUGUCAUAGUCAUGGCGUACAGGAGGCUGAAGCUCGUGAUGCUUUUAAAAAAAUGGGGGUGGGUAACGAAGUAACACGAGAUAAGUUCUUCGAGCUUUGGAAACAAUAUUUCACCUCUGAUGAUCCCAACGCACCUGGAAACUUUAUAUUUGGAAAGACCUCAUUCUAACCGUCCUUUCGCUUCGGAUUCGUACACGACAUUUAUUAUUAUAUUUUCGUUAUAAGCAUGCCGAAAUACGUACGCUAUCGUUAUUAAUUGAAUAAUUAUUUUCAAUCUACGAUGUGAGUUACGCGAUCUCUAAUCAAGUUUAGUUUUCUUUUUCUCUCUCUCUCUCUAUCUUUCUCUCUCUCUCUCUCUCUCUCUCUCUCUCUCUCUCUCUCUAUCUCUUUCUCUUUCUCUAGAUAAUAUAGAGCUGAGAGAUCUUCACAUGAGAAAGAAGAUGAAAUAUGAAAAAAGAUAAAAGAUAUCAUAAUAACUGUUAAUAUCUUGUUGUUAAUCGGUAAUAAUCGUUGGUAAUGCUAUUAAUCGCUGUAACACCGAAGCUAAGUAUUGCGUAAUGUUCUAUAACGUGUUGUUGUAAAUUUAGUUAACGAUUUCGUUCUAUAUGAAUCGUUCUAUGUAAUGCUGUAAAGAAAAGUAUUGAGAGUUUUAAUAGUUUCUAUAUGUUUGAAUAAACUGAUAUAAUUCGA